AUGUCGAAGACCAAGGUUCUGUUGGUCGGCGCUGCGGGUGAAACCGGAGGUUCCAUCGCAAAUGGACUGUUGGAAGAUGGAAGCUUUGAGGUGAUCGCCUUGGUUCGUCCUAUUUCUGUGCACAAGCCUGCUAUCUUGCGAUUGCAGGAACGGGGUAUCGCCAUUCGCAAAUGUGAUUUGAAGGCUCCAGAGGAGCAGCUCAUUGAGGCGUUGGCCGAGAUUGAGGUUGUCAUCAGUUGUGUUGGUCCCGCGGAACAACAGGACCAAAUCCCGCUGGCCAAGGCCGCAAAGGCAGUCGGAGUCAAGCGAUUCAUUCCCUGUGGUUUCAUUACUGUCGCACCCCCAGGUGGUGUGAUGUGGCUACGUGACGAGGUUUGGCUUGAUUUAGAAAGAAAUUGUCUACAACCAGAUUCGCCAGCUGUGGCUCCCUUACACUCUCGUCGAUGUCGGUUGGUGGUACCAGCUUUCGUACCCCGUCUCCCCUCCGGACGUGUUGACUAUGCCAUGACCUCUGGUAACGACGAGAUUAUCGGUAACGGAGAUGUCACAACCGCUUUGACCGACUUGCGCGACAUUGGUCACUACAUGGCCCUGAUCAUCAAGGACCCACGUACUUUGAACAAGAAGGUCCUUGCGUACAACCUCGUGUCGACUCAGAGUGAAAUCUACAACCUCAUGGAAGAGCUCAGUGAGGAGAAGAUCGACCGAAACUAUGUCCCCGAGGAAACGAUCUGCAGCAGAGUGCUUGCGGCCCGACAGGCCAGUGAAACAUACCCUUUCGACCCUAUCAAAUUCAUUCCCCGCUACCUCGCCGAAUAUCAAUACUCCUGGGGUGUCCGAGGCGAUAACAAUCCGGAAUAUGCCAAGUACCUUGGUUAUUACCUGACUCCGGAGCUGUACCCGGAGUACAAGCCCACCGAUUACCGCGAGUAUCUUGAGUCAGUAAUCCGAGGUACCGCCAAGGGCGUCUACACGGACCGAGUCAUUUCCCGAAAGCACCAGCGACACUUUCCCCGCACGGAAUCCAGUGAUUCGUUGUACACUCGCAUUUUCCCUCGCACCGAGUCGAGUGAUUCUCUCAUGUCGCGAUGA